GUCAGAGGCUGCGUAGGCGCGGAUACAGCCUUAGCUCGGUUCGAUUCAUUCGGGAUUUGCGAUGCGGCCUCAGUCGGUCGCGGCUCAAUAACAAGCCCUGCUCUCAGUCUGCACCGGUGUCGUGUUUAACCCGAUUACACAGAGGGGGAGAUUAUUCGCGUCGGUCGGUGGGUCCGGCGGUGUCGCUGCACGGCCGCUGGCCGCCGCCGCGCGUGCCGUCGACGCCGGCGCCGUGCGACUACGAGCCGCAACGCGCCGCGCGCGCCGUGCUCGACCACGCGCCGGCAUUCUCGAUCGGUCUGCGCGUGAGCAUGCCGCAAGCACAGUCGAAGACGCCAGCACCAAACAUCUACUCAAUGCCGCCCGUCCUCGGCGAGGCGAAAGAAGGCAGCAAGCAAGCAGCGCCAGCGUUCAGUAUCUGUGGCCGCCCGAAGAACAUCGAAUCCAAGACACCCAUGCCGGGCCCGGGUACCUACACCACCGACAAGGCAGUGAACGUGCUCACCAAGCGACCGCCCGCUUACACCAUGGCUCCUCGACGAGAGCUCAGGCACCCGUCUGAGGCCAUACCCGGCCCUGGUGUUUACUGUCCUGAAAAGGAUGCAACACAGCAACAAUCAAAAACCUAUAAGCAUACCUUUUCGAGCAGAUCUAAGAUUAAAAACGGUGAUCAAGUCCCUGCUCCGAAUGCGUACUCACCAGAAAAAGCCGACAGACUGUUGCGAGCAAAAUCACCUGCCUUCUCCUUUAGGACCAAAACUGAGGUCACUAUCUCAAGUGACGCACCGGCGCCCAAUGUAUAUUCUCCUGAAAAAGCUCUCAAUUCACUCAAGAGUGGGCCAAAAUAUACAUUAGCAGGAAAAGGUGUUGCAGAAAAGCACGAUUCAACUCCAGCCCCCAAUACAUAUAACCCUCAAAAAGCUGACAGAAUGAUGCACGAAAGUUCUCCUUCUUACACUAUGCGUUCUAAAGACGUUGUGGAUAAAAUUGAACAAACACCGGCACCUAAUGUUUAUGCCCCGGAAAAUUCUAUGCAUAUGCUGAAUGGAGGACCAAAAUACACCAUAUCCGGAAAAGGGUCUAAUGCAAAACUUCCUGAGACACCCGCUCCUAACUCCUACGCUCCAGAAAAAGCAGAUAAAGUGUUACAUGAGAGUUCACCUGCUUAUUCGUUUAGGACAAAAGAAGAAACGGUUAUCCGCAGUGAAUCUCCCGCUCCUAAUGUUUAUGCUCCGGAGAAAUCGAUGCAGAUGUUAAAUGGAACUCCUAAAUAUACCAUAAGUGGGAAAGGCCCAGAAAGCAAAAUCGAAAAUACGCCAGGCCCAACAGCUUACUGUCCCGAUAAAGCAGAUAAAUUGCUUCAUGACUCAUCUCCUGCAUUUACAUUCAGAACAAAAGAUCAGGUGCGAAUAACCGACGAUGUUCCUGCUCCAAAUGCUUAUGCUCCUGAAAAAUCAAUGCAUAUGUUGGAUACAUCUCCAAAGUAUACUAUUGCUGGGAAAGGUGCCUCUCCAAAACAUGAUAAUAUACCAGCGCCAAAUACGUAUAAUCCAGAUAAAGCAGAUAAGCUUCUCCACGACUCUUCGCCUGCUUAUUCAUUCAGGCCGAAGCCUGUUAUGGGCCGACCCAAUGACACACCGGGACCCAAUGUAUACGAUCCGCAUCUAUUGGACGGUACACCUAAGUACAGCUUAUAUGGCAAGGGUCCUGAUGGCAAAUAUCCGGAGACACCUGGUCCUAAUGCGUACAAUCCUCACCUGCCAGAUGGAACUCCUAAAUAUACAAUGGCAGGUAAAGGGCAUCCAGAGAAACAGUUUGAUGGUCCUGCUCCUAAUUCAUAUGAUCCUCAUUUACUGCCUAAUACUCCUAUGUUCAGUUUAACUGGAAAGGGAUCAGACGGGAAGCCAUCAGACACGCCUGGUCCGAAUUGCUACAACCCACAUUUACCAAGUAAUUCUCCAAUGUAUACUAUAUCCGGUAAGGGUCCGGACGGAAAAGUGUCAGAUACGCCAGGCCCAAAUAACUACAACCCACAUUUACCAAGUAAUUCUCCAAUGUAUACUAUAUCCGGCAAGGGUCCGGACGGAAAAGUUUCGGAUACACCUGCUCCCAAUAAUUAUGAUCCACAUUUACCGAGUAAUUCUCCAAAGUAUACAAUAUCCGGCAAGGGUCCGGAUGGAAAAAUCUCAAACACACCUGGUCCUAACGCAUACGACCCUAACUUGCCACAUAACUCUCCAAUGUUUACAAUGUCCGGCAAAGGUCACGAUACAAAGACGUCCGAUGUGCCCGCUCCAAACGCGUAUGACCCUAAAAUCUUAAAUGGAACGCCUCAAUAUACGAUGGCUCCGAAAGGUAAACCAGGGAAAAUUGACAACAAUCCAGCCCCUAAUUUUUACCACCCCGAUAAAGGUAACAACUUAGUAUUUGAAAGCUCACCCUCAUACACCUUUAGAGACAAGCAACCCCUUCAUUUACCAGACAAUAAUCCGGCGCCUAAUGCCUACGAUCCGAGCAAAUAUCACUACAUGUUGGAUGGUGUGCCAAGGUAUUCAUUUGGUAUUAAAGGACCUGCACAAAAACAUGAUAACGUUCCUGCUCCAAAUGCCUAUAAUCCUGACAAGGCUGAUAAAAUAUUGCACGAAACAUCACCAUCUUACACCUUUAGACCUAAAGUCGAGAAUGGAAAAAUUGUGGAUACCCCUGGUCCUGCAGCAUACAAUCCUGAGAAAGCUGACAAGGUUUUACUAGACAAUGCGCCAAGGUAUUCUUUCCGCAUUAAGACCAAUCCGCAUAAGACCGACAAUGUUCCCGCUCCUAAUGCGUAUAACCCAGAUAAGGCUACUAAUUUGUUGAAACCCAGCGCUCCUCAGUACACCUUUAGGAUUAAAACGGACGCCUUGAAAAUUCCUGACACGCCAGCUCCGAAUAUGUACACAAUCCCGACCCCGGUGGAAACGCCGCUGUACACCAUAUCAGGCAGGCACAAGGAGCCAAUAGAUGAGCGUUUGAAGGUUCCUGCCCCCGGCGCUUAUAGCCCGGAGAAAGCGACCAAAUUUGUCCUGACCUACUCACCCCAAUACACAUUUGGAGUUAAGAUUCAAACGUCCAAGUUCGCUGAAACCCCCGCACCCAACACUUACCGAAUACCGUCUGUACUGGACGCUCCCGUGUACACGAUAUCGGGCCGUCACAAGGUUCCUGUCGAUGACAGAGUCCGUGUGCCCGCGCCUGGCACAUAUUCACCGGAAAAGGUCCAGUUGAGCAGAACACCACAAAUAACCUUCGGAAUAAAACAUUCCCCAUUACUGGGACAGUUAAAACCAAUACAGUCAAUUCGUGAUACAAGCGACACGCAGAAUCAACAACAAACUUCUAGAACCGUUGAAGUGAAAACUACAACUUUCCAGAAUAAUGUGGUCAGCGAAAACAACGACGUACAGAAAACAAGGAAUUUUAUACAAAACGAAUCGGAUGUCAAUUCAUCGCAAAACAUAAACGAAUCGCACGAAGUUAAUACGUACAUUCAACGAACACGAACCCCAGUAACUCAUAUUCGAACAGAAAGUGACAUCAGGAGUUCUACAGUUACUCCAGAGCCCGUUGUAGAAACCCUGACGCAGGAAAUUGUAUGGGUACCGGAAAAACCUAUUCGUCGAAACUCUUACACUAUUGACAAAUCGGAUGGAUCUGGAUUUUUGGAGCAUUACCAGCAUAGUGACGUGGUGCCGGUAGAAAAUGGCGUGCGGAGAACUGCCGCCAGCGGAGAGCGGGGUGCUACCUGCUCGCAGGAGACCAGCGAGGCCGUGAUUAAGAGAGAUGGCUUCGAACAGACCAUGCAAAAGAAUCUGAGAAACGAGAGCGCACAUGAGAAAACUCAAACGUCUUCCGAAGAGGUACGACAGGGCACCGAGGUGAAGCAGCUCGCAAACGGGGGCAUCGCCAAAACCACUACCACCACAACCGUUAGAAAAGUGGGUGCGGCUGCGAAAACGGCGAAAGCAACGACCACUGUCACACGCACUGCGACUGCAGUGACGUCGCGUGACGUCGGCGCUAAGUAAAGCAACUAAAUACUAAAUUGAAACCUAGAUUGCUUCCUAUUUCCUUUUAUAGAAAACCCGAUUGAACAUUAAAAGGAAACCUACUAAAUUAUUUAAAUUCAACAUUUAUAAUAAAUUAAUUUUAUAUUCGUUUGCUUCGUUAAAGUGCUCCUAAAGUUAAUUUUAAAGAAUUUAAUUAUAACAUCCCUUUAUUGUGAAGUAAAAUACAUGUCUUGUAAUUUUAUCCAAUUUCUCAAAAUUGUGAUAGAAAGUACAUUUAUUACUUGUUUAAGAAACAAAUUAUCUCGUCUAUUUUUACCAGUUAAAGGUACUGGUAAAAAAUAGACAAGACAACUUGCUGCAUAAUUUAAUGUCUUUAAUUUAUACUCACAUAAUAUUGUUACUAAAAUUAUAAAUUUAUUGAAAAAUCUCAGAUUUAUUUAUAAUAAAGUUUUUAAUAAUU